AUUUUCAUCGGGAAAGAUGCGAGCAAUGCAUCCACUGAUCAUCGAUUGUGUCCAUCGAUUGGACCAAUACUUGGAGACAAAGGCUAUAAAUGGGGAUGAAUUGGAUGUGAAGCGAGCGAUGGGUAACCUAACUAUGGAUGUGAUCGCUUCGUGUGCUUUUGGCACUCAAAUAGACACUCAUAACGACCACAAAACCCACGAGUUUAUCACAAACACCCAGGCUAUUUUCCAGGGAAACUGGCGAAUUUGGUUGAUAUUCCCAUUAAUGACAUUAUUCCCUAAACUAGUUGAGAAAAUGAAACUAUCCAUGAUGAGUUCGUCUGUGCAAAAAUUUUUCAAGUCAGCUAUAUCGUCGAUGAUUGCCAGACGUAGAGCUGACCCUAAGUCUGGUCAAUACAAGGAUUAUCUGCAGCUUAUGAUUAACGCCCAGAAUAGGAGUGCAGACAAUAGUGAAGAUCAGGACAUCGAUGACCUCAACGAACACAUCUUCGGCAAAACCGAUGCUUUAAAAGACCAAAAGUUGGGAAAUGUAGUGAUCAGUGACGACGAUAUGUUGGCCUCAAGUUUCCUGUUUCUUGUGGCCGGAUAUGAAACGACCGCCAGUUUAUUGUCGUUUUUGACGUACGAAUUGGCUAUCAAUGAGAAGUGUCAGCAAAGACUGUACGAAGAGAUCAAUGCCUUCGACGGCAACUAUAGCUACGAAUCAAUCGCUCGAAUGCCGUAUUUGGAGGCCUGUAUUGCGGAGACGCUCAGACAUUAUCCGCCGCUUCCGGCCAUCGGUAGGAUAUGUACAGAAGAAUACAAACAUGACAAUACCGGACUAACAAUACCAAAAGGUAUGGGAGUUAAUUAUGACGUCCAUUCUUUGCAUCACGAGUCCGAGUAUUACCCGAAUCCCGAGGAUUGGAAUCCCGAGAGGUUUUUACCCGAAAAUCGUGAUCAUUUAGUGCCCUAUACUUAUAUGCCGUUCGGUUUGGGUCCACGAAAUUGUGUGGGAAUGAGGUUUGCGUUAAUGGAGGCCAAGACUGCUGUCGCGCAUCUCAUCUGCAAAUACCGUUUCAUACGUACGGUUAAUACACGACAUCCGCCGACAUUCAAAAAAUUUGAUUUUAUUUUAAACACUGAUGAUAGAAAAAUUGGCGUUGAAUUGCGAUAAAAUUACUAACUA